AUGGAGUACCCAGACGUACCCGAACAGCCAUCCCCAUCUCCCCCGGCCUCCCCCAUUCCGGACCGGCCAACAUCACCGGACCUCCCACUCACCAUGACUGCCUCAGCCGUUCUCACCGCGUUACCUCAAGAUGCUAGUUCAGCGCUCGCUAGUGCUGGCGAAUUUGAGCAGGAACGCAUUCUUAUCCGUUUCAAGGCUGUCGGAUCUGCUCCUCAACUGAAGCGCGAAGUGCGACGAAUAGGCGCGACGCAGAAGUUUGAAGCUGUCGUGUCUCACCUGCGCAAGGCGCUUCGGCUUAGCCCGACGGAUGGCUUAUUCCUCUACGUUAACAGUGCAUUUGCACCCGCUUUAGAUGAAAUUGUCGGCAACUUGCAUAGGUGCUUUAAGGAUUCAAGCGAUCAGUUGAUCGUGGUGUAUUCGAUCACCCCUGCGUUUGGAUGA